AUGCACAUGAUGACAGGAACUAAUUCGAACAUCGAAGACAUAGAGAAGUAUUUCCACAGUGAAGUAUGUUAUACGCCAGCCAAAGCGCCCAGGUCCUAUCCAGAGGCUGUGGUUGACAAUUCUAAGGACACUCUGGAGGUUUGCUAUUUUAAGCACGUUCCGAAAGUUUCAUUCCCCGCAGGAGGAACGGUGGUGAAUCUAGUUUUCGCACAUGGAACAGGCCUGAACUCUGGUGUUUGGGACUACUAUCUUGUGCCAUUGCUGAAGGCUGCGCAGCAGAGCAAUGGAGUGUGGAGUCUUGGUACUGUACUAUUCGUUGACCAGGUUAAUCACGGAGAUAGUGCCGUAAGGAAUGCUGGUAAGCUGGGUAUGAAUUGUGACUGGGGAGAUGGAUCGCAUGAUAUUUGCUUGGUUGCGCUGAAGGAACUGCCCCUUCCAGGCAAGGAUAUUAUUAAUAUUGCUGUGGGGCACUCGAUGGGCGGAUGCCAGGUGAUGUACACUACUAUUAUAUAUCCGGGACUUUUUAGCAUGAUCAUUGGCCUUGAACCUGUUGUGUGGACACACACAGAGGAUCACACUAACUACUUGACAGCAAUCCCACACCGUGUCUAUGACUCUGUUUUGGCCAAGAACAAGGACUACUUUGCCAAUGAGGAGGAUUUCAUGAAAUUCAGGUCUACGUCACUGUAUGUGAAGUCUCACCCUGACAUUGAGAAGCGCUUUUGGGAUUAUGAACGCAUCUCAAACCCUGAUGGCUCGAUCUCUAUGAAGUGCUCGGUCCCGCAGCUAUUAGCAAGUUACGUGGGCAACAGACCUGCCGCAGACAUGUUGAUGAAGUGUCUACGCUUUGUGCGUACACCAAUGGUUAGUAUCUUUGGAGGUGCUUCGCAUUGGUGUCAUCAAGAAAGUAAGGACUUCCUAAGAGAUAACGUGCCUAACUAUAUUGUGGACUCCGUCCCAGGUGGGACUCAUUUGUUUUGUAUGGAAAUUCCUGACGCCGUAAAUGAGUUCCUGGUGAAAUACAUAGUUAAGGCUGCACAAGAACCAAGGGAUAACCUAGCACCAGUUUCUGAUCGUGAUGCUAAAUUCCAAGAAUUGUAUCGCGAUCUCGCUAUUCACCGUAUAGGUAACGGCCGCGGUUCACUCUUUAAACUCUAA